UAGAACAGAGCAUUAUUGAAUUUGAUUGCAGAAAUGUCAACAGCCAAACAUCAUGUUCUGAUGCUCCUCUCCGGAAUGGUGAAAGCUCCGCCGCAGAAAGCUCUUUCCCUCCUCACUUCCUCACCUCACCACACUCACCAAUCCAUUUCAAUAAUCAUCCAUCACCUUUUCUCUCUCAACAAGCUGUCGCAGGCCGAAUCCUUCAUCGUUCGACUCCUAUCCGCUAAAAUGCCACCCCCCUUCUUCACAAUCGCUUCCCUUGUACCUUAUUUGACCGCUCCCCGCGUUUAUGAGACAAUCAUCAGCGCUCACAUCAAAGCGCAGCAGCCGGUGGAGCGCGCUCUCCCGUUGCUUGAUGAAAUGAUCGAUAGAGGGUUUGCGCCGUCGCCGAUUCUUUUCAAUUCUGUGCUGAAAUAUUUCCUGAAAGAGUGCAAUUUCGAGAAGGCUUGGUUGGUUUUUGAGAAAUAUAAGGGGAGAGUUGGAUUGGAUGUUUAUACCUUUGGGAUUUUGGUGAAAGGCUGCUGCGAGAGUGAUAAUUUGGAGAGGGGUUUUGAGGUUUUGGGGGAAAUGUGUGAUUUGGGUUUUAGCCCUAAUGUUGUUGUGUACACUACGUUGAUCCAUGGGUGUUGUAAGAAGGGCGAGGUCGAGAAGGCGAAGAGAUUGUUUUUCGAGAUGGAGGCCAUCGGAUUGGUCGCCAAUCAAUACACUUACACGGUGUUGAUAAAUGGGGUUUUCAAGAGAGGUUUGAGGAAAGAUGGGUUUGAGCUUUUUGAGAGGAUGAAGCGUGAAGGUGCAUUGCCUGAUUUGCAUACCUACAACUCCGUGCUGAAUGCGUAUUGCAGCAAUGGUGAAAUGCGGAAAGCAUUCCAACUGUUUGAUGAAAUGCGCCACAGAGGGGUGACAUGCAAUGUCGUGACUUACAAUAUAUUGAUUGAGGGGCUGUGUAAGCAGGGGAAUAUGGGUGAGGCGAUGAGAUUGUUUGGUCAGAUGCCGAGCGGUGGUUUGAGCCCAAGUGUAAUCACUUACAACAUGUUAAUGGAUGGGUAUUGCCGCGUUGGGAUGCUUGAGAAAGCUCUGUAUUUGCACAAGGAGCUCAAGUCUUCCGGUUUAUCUCCAACCGUGAUCACCUACAAUGUCCUGAUUGCAGGAUGUGCAAGAAGUGAGGACUCUUCUCGGGUUUUGAACUUCGUAGGUGAGAUGGAAGAGAGGGGGAUUUCUCCAUCGAAGGUUACAUACACUAUCUUGAUUGAUUUCUUUGCGCGGUCUAACAACAUGGAGAAAGCACUCGAACUCCUUGCCUACAUGAAGAGGACUAGUUUGGAUGCAGAUGUUUACACUUACAGCGUCUUGAUAAAAGGGUGGUGCCAUGAAGGAAACAUGAGGGAAGCAUCAAAAUUGUUGCAGACAAUGCUUGAGAUGGAAGUCGAACCUAAUGAUGUAAUAUACAAUACGAUGAUCCAUGGAUAUUGCAUACAAGGUAGCUCCUAUAAAGCAUUGAAGCUGCUCAAAGAAAUGUGUGAAAAGGGGAUGGUGCCAAAUGUAGCCAGUUACAACAUGACAAUGCAAGUCCUCGAAGGAGAUGGGAAACAAGACUCAGCUCAAAAUCUUCUCGCUGGCAUGUUGAAAUCCGGCCUAAAGCCGUCUUUUAACUUGAAACAUCAAACGGAGAAGAUGGAAUCAGAUCACUUCUGAGACUUUGGUACUAUACUCUUUGUGGGUGCAGUAUGGAGAGGACGGGACUAUUUUACACUUAUUGGAUUCCAACAUUUUCUGUUAUGGGUGAAGAUAGAACUUCAAAACUAAGAUGCUAUAUUUGUGGAGGAUCAGAAGAGACCUGACAGAGCUUCGAGGAAAACUUGUCCGGGUCCAGAAACGAGCCCAAGAUCCAUCUCGUGCAUAGAGAGAUGCGUGGAUCAAAACAAGAAUCACAUUUUUAUUUCUGAAUCCAGCAAUUGUGAUCAGGAAUCCCCAUUCUUUUUCCAGCUGACGAGCAUGGAGAUGCAGCGCUUGACAAUGUAGAAUUUGGCCUUCUGCUCCUUUGCCAUGUUGGUGCACUUGCGCGUGAAGCCGGAACACCUCUGGGACGAGCUCCUGGGGAGGGAGGAUUUAGAGGAGGUAGUCCUGGAGAGGGCAGAGGGGUUCUUGGUGGAGAAGCUUUUCUGGAGAGAGGACUUGCAUGGUUUGGAUGAGGAAUGUGGCCUAUCUUCUUUGGAUAACUUCCAUUUCUCAUCCAUGUAAUAGUCCAUGGAUCCACCCCUUGCUUAGAAAGGCACCUAGUAUUAGAGAGAGAGAAAGAGAGAGUUGUGAGAUGAAGUGGUGGUGGGACAAUAUAUACUAGUGUGAAGACAAUGGUGGGUGGUAUUGAGGACUGUUGUGUAGCAGCAUCACAUGUGGAUGCUUGAGUAAAAUCGUCAGGCUUUGCACCUUACUUUUUAAUUUGCAGCCAAAUUCUAUGCUGGAUCUCGUUUAUUAUAGGCCCCAACCCCUUCUGUUCCUG